GCGGGUGAAGGGGAUGUUGUUGGAGCGCAGCGUGUACAUGAAGGCGUACUUGCAGACGGUGAGGUAGCCGCUGUGUCCGAGCAUCAUGAUGGUGUCCUGAUACUGCUCAACGCGCUGACGCAGUCGCCACUGCGCCCAGAAGCCCGCGUCGUCCAGCGGUGAGUCGCGCUUCGCAAGGAAGUCGUCUAUGUGCGGCAUGAGGCUGCCCGCGAGGUCAAGGACGGUGCCGAAGAGGUCGAAUGUCAGCGUGUUGACGCCUUCGUGCGCGUUGUUGCUCAUCUGGAAUUCAUUCUCCUUGAUUAACUUGGUAUCUCGAUUAGACUUCGUGGUAGCGGAAGAGCCUGAAGGCGUAGUAUCCGCCGCUGAACACGGUGGCGAGGAGCGUGGAGCAGCCUACCGCAAAUGACCAUAUCGCGG